UAAUAAAGAGUCGAAGCAAGAAGAUGUUGAAAUUGGCAUGAAAUUUGGGGAGCGCCUCUGUCAUCAGUUUUCCCCAUCAAGGGGCAGGACGUCUCCACACUGUGCCAGGGUACGACAGACACAAGGUGUGAUCCCCGAUGCUGUCGUCGCGUCGGCUGAAUAGCAGUUAAAGACUACAAGUCGCCCCUCUCCCCUCUCCCCAACAUCUGGCCGAGACUUUUCUGUUUCAAACACCUGCUGCUCUUGUCUCGCUUGUCGCAUACCACCACACAACAAUGCCCGUCGGAUCAGUUCUUGUUACCGGUGGCACCGGAUACAUCGGAGGCUUCACCGCCCUCGCCCUGCUCGAGGCCGACUACAAGGUCGUCAUUGUCGACAACCUGUACAACUCGUCCGAGGAAGUCAUCAACCGCAUCGAGACCAUCUGCGGCAAGCGACCCGCCUUCUACAACGUCGACAUCACCGAUGAGAAGGCGCUCGAGAAGGUCUUCACCGAGCACCCGGACAUUGACAAUGUCAUCCACUUCGCAGCUCUGAAGGCUGUCGGCGAGUCUGGCGAGAUCCCCCUCGAGUACUGGCGCGUCAAUGUCGGCGGCUCCAUCGCCCUCCUGCAAGCCAUGACCCGUCACAAUGUCACAAACAUUGUCUUCUCAUCGUCAGCUACCGUCUACGGUGAUGCAACCCGUUUCGAGGGCAUGAUUCCCAUCCCCGAGCACUGCCCUCUGGGCCCUACAAACCCCUACGGCGACACCAAGUAUGCCAUUGAGAAGCUGAUUGGCACCCACGUCGAGGCACAGCGCAACAACGCUGCGAAGAAGGGCGAAUCCGGUGCCAAGUGGAACGGUGCUCUCUUGCGCUACUUCAACCCCGCCGGCUCCCACCCUAGUGGAAUCAUGGGCGAGGAUCCUCAAGGCAUCCCUUUCAACCUGUUGCCCUUGUUGGCCCAGGUCGCUGUUGGAAAGCGUGAGAAGCUUCUCGUCUUUGGUGAUGACUACGACUCAAGAGACGGCACUGCCAUCCGCGACUACAUCCAUGUCAUUGACCUCGCACAGGGCCAUCUCAAGGCACUCAACUACCUCCGCGAACACCAGCCCGGCGUUCGCGCAUGGAACCUCGGCACUGGCAGAGGCUCGACCGUUUUCGAGAUGGUCAAGGCCUUCUCGCACGCCGUUGGACGCGACCUGCCAUACCAGGUCGUCGACCGCAGAGCCGGUGACGUUCUGAACCUGACUGCCAACCCUGCCAGAGCCAACGAGGAACUCAAGUGGGAGACCAAGCUUUCACUCGAAGAUGCAUGCCGCGACCUGUGGAGAUGGACUGAGAACAACCCCCAGGGCUACAGACAACAACCGCCGAAAGAGUUUGUGGAGAAGGCCAUCGCUGCUCGCAAGUAAGCGUGCAAGGUUGGAGGACGACGGUAAUGGCUUGAAGACAUUCUUUUUUUCGCACGCAUAGAUUUUGAUGUUACGGACGCUUUUUCCAGAGGCUGG